GUGGCGCAGGGGAAGAUGCCGCGCUGUGACACGGGCUCCGCGCCGCGGGACGGCGCCUGGGGACAGGCACAGGUGAGCUCCGCGGCGGCGGCGAGCGGGGCGUACCCGAAGCGAGUGAAGGUGGUGGAGGUGGGACCCCGAGACGGGCUCCAGAACGAGAAGAAUGUUGUGCCCACCGCAGUGAAGGUCAAUUUAAUCAACAUGCUGUCAGAGACAGGGCUGCAGGUCAUAGAGGCCACCAGCUUCGUGUCCCCCAAGUGGGUUCCUCAGAUGGCUGAUCACACCGAGGUCCUGCAGGGGAUUAAUAAAUUACCUGGGAUCAGUUACCCUGUGCUGACUCCAAACCUGAAGGGAUUCCAGGCAGCGGUGGCAGCAGGGGCCAAGGAGGUGUCGAUCUUUGGGGCAGCAUCCGAGCUGUUCACCAGGAAAAACAUCAACUGCUCCAUCGAGGAGAGCCUGGAGAGGUUUGAGGAGGUCAUGAAGGCAGCAAGGGAAGCCAACAUUCCUGUCAGGGGAUAUGUUUCCUGUGUCCUUGGAUGUCCCUAUGAAGGGAAGAUUUCUGCAGCUAAAGUUGCAGAGGUCUCCAAGAAGAUGUACUCCAUGGGGUGCUACGAGAUCUCCCUGGGGGACACCAUCGGCGUGGGCACCCCUGGCAGCAUGAGGGACAUGCUGGCAGUGGUGAUGAAGGAGGUGCCUGUGGGGGCUCUGGCUGUCCACUGCCAUGACACCUAUGGACAAGCUCUGGCCAACAUCCUGGUGGCCCUCCAGAUGGGGGUGAGCGUGGUGGAUGCCUCUGUGGCCGGCCUUGGGGGGUGUCCCUAUGCCAAGGGAGCCUCUGGCAACGUGGCCACAGAGGAUUUGGUGUACAUGCUCAACGGGCUGGGCAUCCACACGGGAGUGGAUCUCCAGAAGCUGAUGGACACAGGCACCUUCAUCUGCAACGCCCUGAACAGAAAAACCAAUUCCAAGGUGUCUCAGGCCUCCUGCAGACUGUGACACUGGGUGGAAUUCCUCCUUGGGUCAAGAGGAAACCGAGAUCCAGCCCUGGCUGUGAUUCCUCUCUGACCUCCCGAGCUCCUUCCCAGCUCAGCGUGUGAGAGGAAGCUCAAAAUCCACCAGAAUUAGGAAGAAAUGAAAGAAUGUUUAUUCUGUUGUAUUAUACUGGACCUUGAGGCUGUCACCCUGUGCCUCAGAGAAGGGAGGACGUGGAGGGGCUGAGGAAAGCUCUGAGCCACAGGUGCUGCAGUCAGAGCUCUGCUCCAGCUCAGGCUGUGCCCUCCUCCCUUCUCUGCCCUCCACAGCCAUCCCCAGGCUGAGCCCAAAUCCUCCCCUGGUGCUCAGCCUGCAGGGGCUGUGGAGCUGCUCUGUAUCUGUUCUAAGAUACCUCACCUACCAGGAGUAAUAAACACUUUAUUUAAUAGUCUAAACUAUUAAAAAUUUGAUUCAGCUGAACCAGAUAAGGAGCUUUUGCUGCUGGUUUGGCUCCAAGUGCCUCUUCUAGAUGGAAAUGGGCUGGGGUGAGGAAUUCCUUGUGAAACACCCCCGCUCACCAGCUCUUCUAUUUAAAAUAAUUUAUUGAACAGUUUAUUUGUGAGACUGGAGAAAGCACAGCAGCUCUGUCCUGUGAGGGGCAGGGCGGGUUUGAGGCUGUGUGUGCCUCCUCUCCCCAUGACCUCAAUAAACUGUGAUAAUUACCAAGCCUCCGUUAAUAAACACCACAGAAAUGA